GACCUCGUCACUAGUCCUGCCCUCCUCUUCCCCGCUCCUUCCCAAUUUCCUAAUUGAUUAAAACAGGUUCAUCUCCUUGUGAUGUGAACUUCUUCUGAUCGAUUCCACUGCGACAUGAAGAACAUGAAACCCCCACUUCUAUUAUUCAUCUCCAUCUCCGUCUCCCUCGCAGCACUUGCGGUCUCGGUCACCGGCGACAACGUCGGCGCCUACCGGCCGACCGACGACAUCGCCGUCGACUGCGGUUUCUCCGGCAUCUCCACCGCGGACGACAACCGGACUUGGAUCGGAGACGCCGACGGGAGUUCGAACUACUCUCCAAUUGAGAAGACUCGCUCCUCUGUCAACGCAAGCGCAAACAGCCCGUCUCCCGCCGUCCGCAGCUCCGUCCCAUACUACACCGCUCGCCUCUCCCGCUCCGAGUUCGCCUACACCUUCCACGUCACUGCGGGGCCCAAAUUCGUCCGCCUCCACUUCUUCCCUUCCGAUUACCUCGACUUCCGCCGCGCCGAUUCUUUCUUCUCGGUCAAGGCCGCCGGCUACACCCUGCUCCACAACUUCAGGGCUCACCUCUUUGCUGAUAACACCAGCUCCGCGAGCUUCUCUAAAGAGUUCUGCUUAACUGUCGGAGACGACCAGAUGUUGAACAUAACGUUCACGCCCACUCCUGGUGAUUCAGACAACUAUGCUUUCGUGAAUGGAAUCGAGGUCGUCUCCAUGCCCGAAAGCCUCUACUACAACACGGUCAUCGACUUAGAAGAGGGAAUCAAGUUGGCAGGUCAGGAGGCGCUAUACACUUUCGGUGCCACCGAUGCACUCGAAGCGGUGAAACGCUUGAACGUCGGAGGACAGUUUAUCGGUCCAGCCGGUGACACGGGAUUGUACAGGACCUGGGACGCAGAUGACGUCUACGUGACUUCUUCGUCCAUCGGAAUUUUUCCGGUUAACACGACUAUCCAACUCAGUUACAGUGACCAAGUGCCGAAUUACACGGCUCCGGACAGCGUGUACACGACGGCGAGGACUAUGGGAAUGUCUCUGAGCUACGACCUCACGUGGUCCGUCGAGGUGGACGCAAAGUUCUACUACUUGGUCCGGUUGCACCUCUGCAAGUUCCAGACAGAGGUAGUAAAUAUGACCCCUGAUUGGCCUUUCGAGAUCUUCAUAAAUUCGCAACGGGUUGAGAAUGGCGCGGAUGUCAUUGGCUGGAGCGGGAAGGGCAUGCCCGUCUAUAGAGAUUAUGCAGUAUACAUGGACGGCGGCCACAACAAAACAACCAACCUCUCGGUCGCGCUGGGGGCGCUUCCUGAACGUUAUACUCUUUAUUUUGAUGCCAUCUUGAAUGGCCUCGAGAUAUUCAAGAUCAACAAUCCAGGUGGGAAUCUCGCUGGAUUGAACCCAGAUCUAGUCCCAGAUAAUCAGCCGGUGCUUCCACCGGCAAGCAAAGUGUCGUCGUCAAACCACGGCAAGACGGCGAAGAUUGCCAUCAUUGCUGGCGUAGCUUCGGGCUUCGCCGUGCUCUCUCUCCUGGCUUUCUUCCUUUACCAGGGACGAAACGGAGCCAGGGAUUCGGCCUCGAGCGACGGCACCUCAUGGUGGGCCCCGGUCUCCUACGCGACGACCAAGAUGGUGGACCCGCACCUGAAGGGGGCGAUCGCCCCCGAGUGCCUCAAUAAGUUCUGCGAGAUCGCCGUGAGCUGCUUGCAGGACGAGGGAACCAAGAGGCCCUCCAUGAACGACGUUAUGUGGGGCCUCGAGUUCGCCCUGCAGCUACAAGUGAGCUCGGAGAAGGAGUUGAUAACAGAUGAUGUGGGUGCCUCCGUGCACAACGGCGACGAUAGCGACGAUGAGGAGGCUCUGAUUGGACGCCACCGGAUGGACCGCAACGAUGAGCUGUUCAGCGCUAGUCAUAGUGGAAGUGGGAAGAGCAGAGGAGGGGCCGCUGUGACAACGACCAGCAGUGAUGAUGUUUAUGACGAGAGCACUACUAGUCAUGAUUUAGACAAGUUGCUGUCUGGGACUGUCUUCUCGGAGAUUAUGAAUCCCAAAGCU